UCGCAGUAGAAUAUAAGUGGUGUGAUGUACAAAAGUCUAAAUGAUCAAAAAACCUGAAAGCAUUUAAAAAUUUCGGCGUGAAAGACAACAUUCUAUGUAAGUGGUCAUCACGAAUCUUACUUUGCUUCAUUUGGUUGACCAAACCAAGCCACGAUUAUAUGAGAAUCCAAGUAUGAUGUGGUUCCAACCACUAUAGUUAUAAACCCAAAUACUAACCCCACAAAUAGUCUAGAAAAAGAAGACAAGCAACACAAAACGAGCUCUCCACUACUAUUUGAAAACCUCAACCAUUGAUAUUUUUGAAGUACACGCACGCACACAUAUAUAUAUGUGUAUCUUUGUGUUUGGGCUAUCUUGAUUGCAUUUGUAUUAAUGGAUAUGGAAUAUGAAAACAAAAAAUGCAACCAGGAGGACAAACACAAAGCGAAACUCAAGAUGAAGAAGAGUGGGUCCAAAUUUGUUGGAGUGAGACAAAGGGCUUCAGGGAAAUGGGCAGCAGAGAUAAAAGACACAUCGAAGAAUAUUAGGAUGUGGCUUGGUACCUAUAAAACUGCUGAGGAAGCUGCUCGAGCUUAUGAUGAAGCUGCUUGUCUCCUUAGAGGUUCAAACACUCGCACCAACUUCUCCACUACUCAUUCCACUCCUACCAAUUCUCCUAUUUCUCUCAAACUCAAAAGCCUCAUUAAUCGUAAAUCCAUCAAAAGUCAAAGUCAAAGUCAAAGUCAACCCACUAUGAUGAGUAGUCCAAAUGUUAAUAGUAUCAUUGAUAAUAACAUCAUGGUCGUGGAAAAUAACUCUUCAUGUAAUAGUGAAGAUUCAAAGUCUUUGUUUUGGAUUCAGAACCAAGUCUCUGAAUAUAACCCUUUUGGGGUAGAUAUGAAUAUGAUAAACUCCUCAUUAGGUAUUACACCGAAUACAUUGCAGAUUGACUAUUCUUGGCCAUUGCCACAACAAAAGAUCAACGAGUUAACAACACCAAAAGAUAAUAUGAAUAUAUAUGGCAUCAAUGAGUGCUAUGUGGAGGAUAUAUACGAGUCUAAGUAUGAAUUUGAUGUCAACUAUCCUCUGUCUCAAUUAUUCUGUUUCACUUGAAAGUUCUUAGAAAUCAUGCUUUGUAAUUAAUGAUACUUGUAAUCUUUUAGUUUGUAGUAUAGUGUUACUUAUUAUCGUGCAAUAAAAAACAUGUGUCUAAACUGUGUACACUAUUUCAACACUUGUUCUCUUACAAAUGUAAUAGCAGGGUUAAAUCUUUAUUCAAUUGAUACCACUUCUUAUGGGUAGAUAACUAGAUCAAAU